AAUUAGCGAAUAAUAUGAUUUACUUUGUAAUAAAUAUUUUUGGACCUAAAAGCGUAAAAUCGUUAUGUUUUUAUUAAAACGCCCUGACUUGAAAGUAAUUUAUACGUGUACUCGACUGUACAGCUAUGGAAGAAGAUCUCAUUAUGACGUUUUAAAUUUGCGUAAGAACUGCAGUGAUAAAGAAAUAAAAGAUGCAUACAUAAAGUUAAGCAAACAAUACCAUCCAGAUAAGAAUAAGAAUGCUAGGGCACAGGAACAGUUUGUGCAGGUGCAGGAAGCUUACAAUGUCCUGAGCAAACCGGGGAGUAGAGCUCAGUAUGAUAGUACAAUAGACAUAGAUAUCAACAGUGGCUAUGUUUAUAGAACACAUGUACCAUAUAACUUACGUAACAAAACUUACUAUGGCUUUACUCAAGAUACUGGCAAGGCAAAGACAGACUCAAAUUCUUAUUAUGGCGUCAAAGGUGUAAAGAAGUUACCAAACACAGCAAUAAUAGUACUUUGUUUUGGUAUAGCUUUUGUUGGAGUGCUGUUACAAUUUAUUGUCAUCAGAAACUCAUAUUUAUCCCACCGUCGACAAAUACAAGAGAAAUCUAUGAUGUGUGGGGAUGAAUUGGAUAAAGUGCGUGCGGCAGCUCGGGGUAAAUCAAAUGAGACGCAGACAAGAAUAAUGUUAGAGAAAAUAGUUGCAGCGUCAAAUCCUUCAGCGGCAACCGCCUCUCUCGGGCAAGCGCUUGUGAAUGAUAAAAAGAAAUCAAUGAAGAUUUGCAGUCGCUGUAAUACUUUAAAAGAAAAUGGCAGCGAUUGUCUCGUGUGCGCGCCAAAAAGUAACGACAUUACGUACUCUGAGGUUGUGAAGAAGAUAACGUCUUAUUUAUAUUGAAUAUUACAUUUAAUGUUCGGAAAACUGUGAUCUUAAGUAACAGAAGUAAAUAUGUAAAGUAACAAGACAAUAAAUAUAUUUAAUAUAACA